AUGAGUUCAUCAUCACACAGAGCUCCUGUGCUGAGAAAGAGUUGCCAUUUUUGCCGAAGCCGAAAGAUCAGAUGCUCGGGGCAGAGUAUCUGUGAAGCUUGCCAGGAGCGAAACAUAGACUGUGUCUAUGACCUUGAGGCAGCAAAAGGCCGGCCAAAGCGUAAGCAUGUCGAGUCAAAGGACUCAAAGCUAGGCUCUGACCAUGGCCAUGCUGCCAAAGGAGUUGGCUCCCCGGACGGGAAAUCUGCUGGACAAUGGGAUCCCAGCCUCCAGGGACCCCUGAUGGGCGAUGACUUAAAAGCAAUGUUCCACCAAUGCUUCAUUAGCAAAGUCGGUAUGCGAGCGACGAUCUUCCAGGGUGCUAUAGCAGCUGGCCAUGAGCGUCUAAAGCAGACUGGAGGCAAUUCUGCGUCUCAAGAAACGCCGCAGAGAAUAAGCUACGACGGAUUGAUGAGUUCCAUGACCCGAGAAAUCGUCGAAAUGAUAUCCCUUCGCUUCGGAGACUUGAACUGCGAAGUGGAAGACAACUUCCCUCGACGCUACUGCAUCACCAGCCUCGCUCGCGAUACAACCCAGGAGAUGUUCGACAACACCGUCCCAAGGAAGAACCCACUGAAGUCCUAUUCUUCUCACCGUAUUCUCCAACUAAUUGACUUGUGGUUUUCUGUUCACCCCCUGUCCUCCUUGAUUUCGAAAACACUUUUGCUCAGCUCCCUCAAAAACAGCACCUACGACGAGGCUCUCCUGGCAACCAUCCUCUCUGAUGCCUGUCUCGUUCAUGAAAAUGGCCAAAAUUAUGACACCGAGGGACAACUCCUCUUCGAGUUUGCAACUUAUCAAAUCCAAAACCGAAGCAUAUUGAACCGAGAUAUUGCUUCCUCUCAAGCCUUGAUUCUCAUGGCCUGGAGAGAGAUAUGCAUGGGGAACGCCCGAAGAGGUUCAUGCCUAACGGCGUAUGCCUGUCGCAUUGUUUCGGACCUACACAGAGGUCUGAACCAGGGUGUAUCUUCUAACGGAACAAAGUUGAACGGCAUAGAUGUUCGAUAUGUGGACGGUGAACUAAUCCGGAAUAUAUACUGGGUGUGCUGGUCAACUACAGUAUGGUCCUUGAUGCAAAUUGACCAGCCAUACAACCUUCUCCUGCCGGAACAAACCCCUUCACAAUUCCCAUUUGUUGACGAAUCAACCUCCAUGACAAUUAGCCUUGACUUGGCGUCAGACAAUGUCUCAACGUUGAGAGCACAGUCGAGGGCCUUACAAGAGCUGUGGCCACUGAGCCAGGUAGCAAGCACAGCAGCUCACAUAUAUGCCCUUUGUCCAAGCCCUGACAUAAAAGAUACCCUAGAGACAGUCGAAUGGCAAGCGAGGCACAUCCAUCAACUCCGCCGUCUCCUUAGUUUUCAACUAGAACUUCCUACUCUCUGCGGUAAAAUCCGACACAUCCUCCUCGAGGCCAUCAGACAGGUGGAACUUGAAGUUGCCCCUGGCUCCACACAAGCAGUGGUACUUAUUGCAUAUCAUACUAUGAUCGUUCACAUGCUAUUUCCCCAGCGACAGACCUCAGACAGCGUCAUUAUCAUGACGCCGGAGCGCAUUAACGAGUUCUGCCAAUCUGCCAAUGCCUUGGUUGCUAUUUCACACUCCGUUAUCUCCCCACAAACCACUAGCCUUCUCCCUGGCCCUGGGCUUAGAACCAAAAACGUUUCCGAUAUCUUUGCCCUUGGUCUCGACGCCUGCAGCCGAGCACUUGCAUAUAUACAUAGCCGUGCAAACUGUGGCCGUGAUGAAUACCAGACAAUAAUGGCCAAAAAUAGGCAGCUGUUUUACCUUGCACAGCAAUUGCACGAUAUCAGCCGAGGAGAACUAUCUAGGGCAUCAGCAACUAUGCGAACCAUAAAGAAGCGGCUAAAGUUUGCCAAGGUUGUGUUCUCUUCUAUCAACGAGUCUACACCACCCCUUGUGCAUAGUGAUCCCUCUCCUAUUGCGCAAUUCCGCUCAAGAAUUCAGAACCUUUCUCAGAGCAGCAAUACAAGCGUAUCAGGAGGCCUGUCACAGCCAGGGUCUCCCAUUCCGGAUGACGCAUCCUACCUGUCAUCAAUUCCCAACCAACUACCUCUUGAUAUGUUCCUCGGGUCAGAUACCUCUCCAGUAUCCAGCCAAGAUGGGUUUGAUACGCUGCAUAUGCACACGUCUGGCCCCCCGCUUGCAACCUUAGACCACAGUGGGAUGACUUCGCCUUUCACUCCCUCUGGUAUGUCACCACUACAGCCACCCAGAAAGAUACGGCGGACUGUUAGUCCGCCUUCCUUUGAGAGUCAUGGGAAAGCUAACAUGUUUGAGCUUUCAGAGCCGAUCAUGUCCUCCAAACCGGAGCAUAUUCCACGCAGCAGUGGAUCUCCUUCCUUGAAUAAUGGCUCCAUGUUCCGCAAUGGAGGAGGGAUGGGAUUGAUGGGGCUUGACAUAACGCCAAAUGAUGGCCACAAAAAGUUUCAUGGGGAACCAAUGAACUUCUCUCAACAGCUGUUUAUGUCUUCGGAAAACGAUCCUGACUUCGGAUCUGGGCCUCUUCUCUUUGGAAGCCCCCUGGACACCAAUGGCCAUGGAGAUUUCAAUGGCAUGCCAGAUCUAACUUGCAUAGAAGGCGAGAACGGUUUCAUGCCCCUAGAUCUCGGCUAUCUUAGUUAAGCUGGGCAAUUUUGACGACGAUUACGGCAAAUCAUCCUACACAAAAUAGAUCAUAUCCCAGCACGGGCACAUCCGGUUUUACGUUUUACUGGCGUUCACCUUGCAUCCUUAUUUCAUUAUGUCCUCCCUUUACUGUCCUAUUUAGCGUUUCAAGGUGUCGGCAUUUUCUUUUCUAAUUUCCACCUAGAUUUCUUUCCUUUACCAAAAUACAUUCAAGUUACCCAUUGCAUUUGAGAUAUUGCUAGCAGGUUUAAAAUUGCAUCAUAUGCAUUGUAUCUAGGCCAUCACUCAUACGAAGUUAGUCAAUCAUACAAUCCUUUUCGCAGGAAAGCCACCUAGGGGCAAACGUAUAUCAAGUGUCGGUUGUAUUGCCUUUCCCGAGAUACUCCGUCAGAAUCAGGAGAUAUGGAUGUGAAAAUGCUCAUCGUAGUGGAAUAUUUUGCGAUGUGCGGCAAGCGGCGUCUGUUAUUUUCCGUAUCUAAACGAGAACAUAGGGAGCAUCUGUAGUCAGAGUGUCUGUUAAUUGUGAAAUCAAAAGUAGAGCAAAGACCGUGGAGAAGAUAGGUGCAUAGAACAGAUCCCGCGGUCAGUAAUUGGGCUAACAACAGAACAAGGCAGAAAAACUAGGUGCAGACACAAGGAUCGAACUAGUCUAAUAACGGCCUCGUGGGCUUGGUAUACUUGCAUGAGAAGGAAACUGAAUUAUGUGUAGAUCCGAGUACUGUAGUCUUCAAGCAGUUACUCAGCAGCCUCUGGGGUACAGUAUGAUGAUCGUCAAUCAGAGGUCCAGAUCUCAUAGCUGCUAGCUACUAUCCAAGGGAAGUGCACUCAGUGUGCACAAGCUCUGCUCAGACCUAUUAAGAAAUAUCCGGACGUAUGAUAGAGAGGUCGUGACUCAGGGCUAUCAGCAAAAUGGGAAUAGUCCCUAACAACAGAUGUAUUCUAGAGGAUUAUCUCCGUAAGGAGCUCACAAGGUGAAGGAUAUUUCUGGUAGGAACGAGUGUUCGCGUUUGAUAUUAGCUAGCGUGUAAAUUGUGCUGCUGUCUGGUAUCAUGAGCCAUCCAUAACGUGAUAACUAAUUCGUAAAUAUUUGGCAGGUUGUUUUGUAAUCACAAAUAUCAUUAUUUAAAGGAAAAAAAGGAAAGAGAAAAGAAAAGAGCAAGGAGUGGAAAUGAAGUGAACCCUCAGGGUCUAAGAGCAUGACUCUAGAAAAUUCGACCACGAUUAAAGGCACACUGAGCAACGAGGAUGUUCAGGGUCAUAUGCCGGUUCCCAGGGAGGAACCUUGUCCGGAUGCCCUAAAAGGAUUAAUAUGAGCAACGCCCAGAUACAGGAUAGAUUCGCACGGUGUUGGUAGCCCUUGUAUCAAGGCAGACUACAACUAAGCCUGCCAUUUAACUAAUAGGAGGCGGGAGUUUUAGCCCGGGGGAUUCACAUCCCUGUCAGAUAUCAUGAAAGCAGGGUCAUUAACCUUGCAGUCCUCGAAUGGGAGUGAAAAUGGGAGGCAAAAAAGAAAAAGUGAACAAAAAAGGUGUAAGUGCAG